AUACAUAUUUGUCGGGGUCUUUUUAUUCCUUCGUUACCACCCGGUCACAGGAAAUGACAACAUUCAAGAUAUCCAUGCAACACUGACGUGUCCGCGUGCAGAAUAAUCCGUGUGCUGUGUUAGCGCGACACACCUGGGAUUUUUAUAACAGCUCCAGGGCUGUGUUAAGAUUUCCGUUCUCAGAGAGACUGUUAUCGUUACUCGGCAAUAUCGCCGAGUUGAUCUUCGUUGUUGCAAUGCGGCGCAGCAGUGUCGACCAGAAGCAGGACAGGCGGACAGACACAAUGAACGGCGACGCCCAUCAUUUGACCGGCGGAGAUGAUUGUUGUCGUGAGGCCACGGCCGUCGCCACCGCCACCACGACGACGGAGAAAAAAGGAGGAGUGACGCGGAGGGCAUGCACUGCAGGGCAGCCAAAGGAUCGGCCUCCUCCAGAGAGGACCACCAUCCCAGCAGGGGCGUCGGGAGCAACAAAGCCAUCGGCGGGGGAAGGAGCAGAGGUCAAAAUCGUGGAGGGAAAAGGCGCAGGAAGAGGGAGGGCAUGCCCUGCAGGGCAGCCAGAGGAAGGGCCUCCUCCAGGGAGGACCGCCGUUCCGGCAGGGACAUCGGGAGCAGCAACAGCGACAUCAGCGAGGGCAGGAGCCGUGGCUAAGAAAAAGCCGGAAGCAGUGAAGGUCGUAUCGCGAAGAGGCUACACUGGCAGAGCUGUGAUCCCUGCACAGAAAAAGGAAAUCGUGUCUGUCGCCAAGGCCAUGCAUCAGGAAAACUUUGCGACCAAAGUGAAAGAGCUCUUCGAUCCAGAGAGGGAAGCCACCCUGCAGGCUCUCAAGACAGGCGUGUACGUGGGCUGGCGCUGCCCAGACUUCACGUGGGACUGCAUCCGUGUGGGAGAAUCGUGCCACUGCUUCUGCGGGCACCUUCUCGUCGAUCACCACAGCUACACAGGUCAGAGUGUACACGUGCCAUGUGCCAAACCGGGAUGCGGGUGCCGUGCAUUUGCUUUCAUCCCCUCCCGGCCGGAGGAGGUGGGGGAGUUCUGGCUGCGAAAGCGUCCUGGCUUCGAGCCGGAGAGCUGGCGCGCCAAGUGUCGCUGCAAACAUAGCCACGACGCGCACCAUCCCAGAGGCAGCCUCUCUUGCAAGACCAAAGGUUGCAGCUGCCCGGGUUUUGAGUCGAGUUUUCUGUGCGCGGCGUGCGACCGUCGCUGGGAGCAGCACGAGACAUUCUUCGACACGGAGAAGAGCAGACGUGAGGCUGGCCUGCCCGUCGGCGAGGCGUACUUGCCGUUCGCGGAGAUCCCGAAGCUCAGAAACGCUGUGCUGACAGGCAGCGAGGAGGACGACACAGAAUACAAGGCCCUCAGGGAAGGGGGCCUUGCUGCGCUGCCCCCAGGCCAGCCAGCGGAAGACGGCGUGGCCAGUGACACGAAGGCGUCUGGCUUUCGGCCAGUGUAUGACUAACCGUGCUGCGAAAGUUUCCAUAAAACUACGUUGCCCGUUUAUUUCAAUGUCGUAUUCAUGAAACUCUUUAAAUGUACAAACCCAACCUUCUCACGCCUCAUGUCCACUGUGAACUACCAUAAUCUACAUAUAUACGACUGCUAUAAGAUUAUGCUAAGAACGCUGCGGUGGUGUUACGGUUAGCACACUUGACUUGUAAUUCAGAGGUCACCCAUUUAAUUCGAUCUCCCGGCGUGGCAUUUGAAACAACGGUGCAAAUUUAUUAAAUCCCCCCACCCCCCCCCCCCCACCUCUUUUCGCCCAGCAAUAUAAAUGUGUACGCCAUGCUUGAUCGUCAGGAUGAUAUGGUGGGGUACAGUGUGGGUACCCCCACCUUUUCCAGGAUGUCUGGCCAAAGUAUCCUCCAGUGGAGGCUCUUCACACAGCAGUGGAAUGAGCAAGAAAUUUUCGCCAGGCUGGAGCUUUACCGUUUUUAUGAAAUUACAUGAAAACAUUUCACACCUGGGGGAGGAGGGGGUGGUGAUUUUACUCCUAAAAUUACAGUAAACGUGAACCUUUGCUUUUCAUAAAUCCAGCAUAUAGAAGUUUAAGCAAUUGAUGUGUGUAUUUAUUCAUCUCAGUCAUGUGUGUACCAUACUGAGCAGAAAUAAAAAGAAUAAAUACAUAAAACAUGAA